AUGCGCCGCGUUAAGAAGUCUAGAAAUGGCUGUGCAAGAUGCAAGAGUAAACGGGUCAAAUGCGGCGAAGAGAAACCUCACUGCAGUCGCUGUACCCGCUUAGGCGUCCGGUGCCCUGGCUAUGCACAAUCCCUGCGCUGGGUUACCAAGUAUGAGCAGUCUAGUCCCGCCGUAACGGCAUCGAUCUCGGAGGUGAGAACCCCGAGUCCCGCUGCCUCGACUGCUCCUAGCCAGCCGGCAAACCAAAUCGACAAUGGUUUGCCGGAUGAUUCAACUUUGGAGCAGACACAUGAACCAGUUCCUUCAAAUUUUGUCUUAGAUGGACGAACUGCUCUAUGUGACAAUCUAUGGGAGCAUCCGGGCCAUGGGUCUUUACCCGAACUGGCGGAUCUAUGCUCACCGUCCCCUAUGGCGGCGGCAUCGUCGUCUUUCACAAACCAAAGAGAUAUUUUCCAUGACUUUGAACAGCCAGAAGAUGUCGGUGUGGAUCUGUCACACUUUCUGUCACUUAUCGGAUCAACACCAAGUGAGGAACAGAUUGACAAUGUUUACCGAGACUUCUCACCUUCGGCCAUUGUGCGCAGUUAUCCUCCUGCAUCGAAUCGCCCUGCACCACAUAACUUCAUAUCAAUGUCUCGUCAACUGAAUAAUCCAUCAUGGACUUUGAUCGAGUACUAUUUCAAGGAAGUGGCAGCACUGUUCUCUAGCUACGACAGCCAGAUGAACCCAUUCCGAACCACGGUAUCCCGUCUUUGGGGAUCUUCACUGGCGAUGUGUCGAACAAUGCAAAGCAUGGCUGCUGCAACGCUGGUCACCGAAUUUCCCCAGUUCGGUCCCAUGGGCCGAAGGAUGCGUGAUGAAGCUGUUGAUAUAAUCACUCGCGAAGCAGUAAUAGACGACAAGUCUUUGCUGGCGCUGCUAAUGCUCGGACAAACGGCUAGCUGGCAUGACCCAAGUGACUUGGGUAUAUCAUUUUUCAACCUGCUCCGCAAGCAGCUGAAUACUAUCACUUCAUCGUCGCACAGCUCUGGCUUCAGCUUCCCUAAGAACGACAGCAAUAACUACCGGUUCUUCGAAGAAGCUCUCAUCUACUGGGAGAUGCUGCUUUCCUUCGUCGCAGAUAAUGACACCAUGGUCCUAUCUGACAAUUCCCGAACCUCUUCAUCUAUGGGCGAGUCCUUCGUUCUACAACGAGUCCCACACCCGUGGACCGGCAUCGCGCGCGAUACCCAGUUCACAUUGCACGAGGUCGGGCAGCUCAUCCGCCGUGAGCGAAAACGCAUACACUCAAGGCGGUUCACCUCCCAAGAUGAUAUCACUCGUGCACAGUUAGCAAUCGAGAAAGCCCGCGAAUUAGAAGAACGCCUCUUGGGUCUCGCCCAUCCCUCCGAGGCCGAGAUCGUCAGUCCUGGUGACGACGAUACCCCAGUAUGGCACCUCCUCACAAUGGCCGAAGCGUAUCGAUGCGUCGGCCUCAUGCAGCUAUACCGCGUCUUCCCAGACCUACUGCACAACCGCCUGCCCGCUCCAACAUCCACAACAUCCCAAUACCCCGGCAACGCCGAUCCAGCAUCCCGCGACCCAUUCUUCCCAAUCGACCUUGACAGCAUGAAUCUGUCAGCUGGAUUCGGCGACCCCAGUCCAGCAACAGGACAAAAUACCAAUUCUCGACGUAACGCCCCUUCGCCAUCUACAAGAUCUUCCCCUCACAAUCUCUACCGCGAUUCCCCUCACCAUCUACCAUCCCCGCCAUCACCAGACACCCAACCCCAACAACCCCCCACCCCAGAAGCCCUAUACAGCAACUGGCUCACCGAGUUCGCCGUGACAACCCUCUCCCGACUAAAAACCAUACCCCUGGAAUCCCGCACCCGCUGUCUUCAGCCAUUCCUCCUGGUAGCAUCCUGCUCAGAACUCCGUCUCCCGCGUCUGACCACAGAGACAGGCACUCAAACCCGAAAUGGCGAAGAGUAUUUAGAAGGCGGUGUUAACGAUAGUAACAACCCAAACCAAACACCUACCAUCUCAAUGGAGGCGAUUGAAGUCUCGCGCACGCGCAAGUUCAUCCUCGGCCGUCUAACGUCCUUUUUGCAUGUUCUGCCGCCAAAGCCGAUUCAUGUAUGCUUGAAAUUGGUUAAUGAGGUCUGGAGGAGAUUGGAUGCUGGGGAUGAUGAUGCUUAUUGGGUUGACGUUAUGAUUGAGAAAGGUUGGGAGACAACUAUGGGGUGA